CUGGCCAGCAGCUGUUGCUGCAAGUAAGAAGAAGCAGCACGUGCACGUUCUUGGGAAAGACGAAUCAAUUUUGUUUUUAAUCGGUUUUUGGAUUAUUUACGCCUUGCUGACCCAUCAAUAUGACCAAAACGGAGCCAAAUGGCCGCACAAAAGCCAAAACGCCCAUCAAACGUUACUUUGAGGUGGAAAAUAACACAGAAAAGGACAAUGGCGGCCUAGAACAUGUAAAGCUUAAGAGCAAAAACCAACAGAAUUUCACAGGCGAUUUUAUCAAGAUGCAAAACAAAACCAAAAUGCCGCGUCCCAAGAAGCCUUUGGUUAAACUGACGAAAGAAGAACUAAUGUCCAGGCCUAAGAAGAAUCCAAUUCCCGAAGAUAUGCUUAAUAAGUACUCACGUGGCGAGCAAGUGCAAGCGAAAGGUGUGAAAACGCGGCACUUUAAGGAGCAGCAAACGCGCAAGGAGGUGUACCUGGAAUAUGCCACCGAGCAGGCAGUUCGCACUGAGCUCCUGCUUCAGGAAACAGCUGGACAACUGGAGGCAGAUGACGGCGAAACCACCGCCGAAUUCAGGCAAUCGCAAAUUGCUGACAAUGUAGAUCUUCAGUCGUCUACUAAGCACUUUAACCUGAACAUGGAAUUCGGUCCCUACCAAAUGAGAUACACCAAAAACGGCCGACAUUUGCUGCUCGGUGGUAGACGCGGCCAUGUGGCCGCCUUCGAUUGGGUAACUAAGCGCCUGCACUGCGAGUUCAAUGCCAUGGAGAGCGUCGAGGAUGUCCAGUGGCUGCAUGUGCCCACUAUGUAUGCUGUGGCCCAGAAAAGUUGGGUGUAUUUUUACGACAAAAAGGGUACCGAACUACAUUGCAUCAAGCGACUGAACCGUGUCAAUCGUCUGGACUUCCUGCCGUACCACUUCCUUUUGGCUGCCGGCAACAAUGCAGGCUAUGCAUCCUGGCUAGACGUUUCCAUUGGAGAGUUAGUGGGUAAUUUCAACACGGGACUGGGCGACAUACGAAUAAUGCGCCACAAUCCCAGAAAUGGAGUGCUCUGCAUUGGCGGCGGACGUGGUGUGGUAUCCAUGUGGUCACCCAAGGUUCGUGAGCCGCUUGCAAAGCUGCUGUGCCAUUCGACAGCCAUGACUGCUUUGGCUGUAGACCCCAAGGGCCAGCAUUUAGUCACAGCUGGUUUAGAUCGUGCUGUGAAAGUGUGGGACAUUCGAAUGCUGGUGCACGACAAGCCGCUAACUCAUUUCAAACUCCGCCUGGCUGCCAACGAGCUAGAUGUCUCGCAGCGAGGUAUGCUGGCGCUAUCGCAGGGAACCUAUCUGGAGACCUAUGCGGAUCUGCUUUCCGGCGGUGGCUCGGGUGACGGUACUCGGCUCCCCUACAUCCGCCAACGCUGCGAUGCCUUUGUCCAUGGCCUCCGUUUCUGUCCAUAUGAAGAUGUGCUCGGUGUGGCCACGGCCAAGGGCUUCCAAUCACUAUUAGUGCCUGGAUCUGGAGAGCCCAACUUUGAUGCCCUCGAAGACAACCCUUACGAGACAUCCAAACAACGACGUGAACACGAGGUGCAUGCUUUGCUGGAGAAGAUUCCACCCGAGUUGAUAACUCUGGACCCGCAAGAAAUCACCGGCGUAGAUGAACCCACACUACAGGAAAAGAUCGAUGCUAAGAGGAAAUUGUUCCAUGUAAAAGCACCUCGCAUCAAUAUGAAAUCCCGCCACAAAAUGAAGGGUCGUGGCGGUACUGCAAAGGCGGCGCGCAACAAGCAGAUCGUCAAGGAUACCAAGCGCAAGGAGUUCAUUGCCGAGGUGAGAGAGGCCAAGAAAAACUUGAUCAAGCAGCACACAACUACAGAGAGUGCCAAUGGCAAGACCAAGAAGGCACCGCGCUCCGUCUUGGACCGUUUCAAACCAAAACCAACCAAGAAACAGAAGACCUGAUCGUAGUUUUUCUUAAGCAAGAGGAAUAUAAUGUACACAUUAAACUAAUUUUAGAAGCUA